GCCCGCGGCGGCCGUUGUGAGGGGCGGCGGGAGCAUGGCGGGGGGCGGCGGGCUGCCCCGCUGCCCCCCGGGCGCUCUCCUGGCCGUGGCGGCCGUGGUGGUGGCGGCAGGAUGGGCGAGAGCAGAACCGAAGGAAGAGCAAUCUAUUGAUUUAAUUGGAAAGAAUGAAGUUUAUGGUGACACCAGGCAUGAAGUGAGUGUAUAUGUUAAGGUGUUCACAAACAGCCCAUUCCUGGUCUGUAUGGAUUUGGCUCUUUCUCAAGAAAAAAUAAUAGAUCCCAACUAUUUGUGGACUGGUCCAGAUGGAAGAUAUUUACAAGGGCAAGAAUACGUGAAUCUGACAGAGACAGGGAAGCUGAUGGUGAUGGGUUUCAGAGUGUCAAUGUCUGGUGCCUACACUUGCACUCUCUCCCACAGAGUCAUUGAAACUACAACACAGGAAGAAAUAGAAAUGGUUGAGGCCUAUAAAUUCAUGGUUUAUGCCUACAGGGAGGCUGACCAUGCCUAUCAGAUAUCUGUUCGCUUUAGCGUGACGCAUUGCAGGCUGCAAACCGACGCCUCGUUCGUCGAGAAAUUAAACAAAAUCCUCAACAGCACCAUCUCCCACCUGACCUGCCACAUCACAGCCUCCUAUUACAAGUGCCACUCCAUCAGGACACCAAAGAACGGCCUCCAGCAUGAGCUGUUUGUUAAUUUUCUAGUCAAUCCAUUUGCACCAGGAUGGGAAGAAGUUUGCCAAGAGGUUCCUUAUGACUGUGAAGAUGUGACAAAUGGGAGAGUCCGACAGGCAGCAGAGCUAAUUGGGAAGUUUUUCCAUCAGCUGAGGAAUGUUUUGAAGUAUGAGUUUCACGCUGUUCCUACAAUUCAGUACGUGGACGACAGCUUCUCCAUGACUCCCAUCGACAGCUGCCGGCCAGGUUUUGGGAAAAACCACCACACCCACCAGAACUGUGCCAGUUGCUGUGUGGUUUGUGGUCCUGGAACUUACAGUCCCGACAAUGGGGUGACAUGUCAGACCUGUGACAACCCUCAAGCCAGAAUGUAUGGAGCAGUAUCCUGCUAUUAAACUGGCAGAGACUGGAAAACCAAAGAGCAGCUGGUAAAGAAUUCUUGGUUUUGUGGUGUUCUUUUCAUUUUAUCUGUCAAUCCUGGAAUCCUCCAUUUCCUGUGGAACAAAACAUCCUCAUUCAUUCACCCCUAGGUUUUCCUGUGUUCAGAGACCCCUUAGACUGAAAAAAAGCACUGCUUAAAAACACAGUGUUCAUGCAAGGAAAAGUAAUUAAAUGGGAAAAAAAGGAAGUUUGUCACGUGGCUGAAACUGUCUGUUUCUUGGUGGUGACACCAGACACGCCACAGCUUUGUGCUGCUCAGAGAACACAAAGGAGCUACAAACAAUUCCAGGCAGGAUGGCAGGUGGCUGUGAUGGAGUUAUGUGCCAGAC